UCCUACAAUCUUUACUAUAUCUAAAAGAUGACAAAACCAGGUUACAUUAAUGCUGCUUUUCGUUCAUCUUUCGACGGUGAAGUUUACUUAUUCAUCGAUGAUAAGUACGUGCUGUUGAAUUAUGCUCCUGGAACCACCAACGAUAAAGUGUUGAACGGGCCAAAAGCUGUUUCUGCUGGGUUUAAAUCACUUGUUGGGACAGCGUUUGGAAUCUAUGGAAUUGAUGGUGCCUUUAGCACCGAUAACGACGAGGCAUUCAUCUUUUAUGAGAACCUUACUGCUCUCAUAGACUAUGCUCCUCACACCGAAGAUGACCAAAUCAUCUCAGGUCCAAAGAAAAUCUCAGACAUGUUUCCUUUUUUUAAAGGAACCGUGUUUGAAAACGGGAUUGACGCUGCAUUCAGGUCAUCUAUAGGCAAAGAAGUUUAUUUAUUCAAAGGAAACCAGUAUGCGCAUGUAGACUAUGGAAACAACUAUCUCGUUCAAAGUAUCAAGAACAUUACCGCAGGGUUCCCUUGUUUCACGGGAACAGUCUUUGAAAAUGGAGUGGAUGCUGCUUUUGCUUCUCACAGGUCCAAUGAAGCCUACUUUUUCAAAGGAGAUUACUAUGCACUUGUCAAGUUUGACCCAACAGGAACUGAUGACUAUAUUAUCGGUACUGUGAAGCUCACUCUUGAAAAUUGGCCCUCUCUCCGUGGCAUAAUACCACAACAGAAUUAACGGUGAUUGGUGUGAUAUCCUCAAGGGAGUGUGAUGUAAGGAAUAAAGAUUAUUGUCGUUGUUGUGUGUUUUAUGUUUAAUGUCUUAUGUUUCUUGAUGAAAUAAAAAGUUUGGAUCCAUGUUGUUUCUAGUGUAGUAGUUUGCUUGUGUUGUUAAUGUAAGGACAUGCACUAUGCAGUUUGCAGAGGGAAAAAUAAUAUAUUAUUGUGUUUGUUCCUUAUUUGGAU